CUUCACUCAUCUGGAUGGAACUCGAGUUUAAUCUUGGUCUCAUAUCCGGCUCCCUCUCAUCCCUGCGCAAACUCUUUCAGCUUCGAUCGCCUUUCAAGUCGCGACGAACCUCCUCUUUCACGGGCAGCCGCUCCACCAACGUCGAACUAGGGAGCUAUAAAGGCUGGGGCGGGGGAAUCAGCAAGCAAACGGAGAUCAACAGGGCUUUUGAGAUCUUAGACAGCAGCCAGGAGCACAUCGCCCCGAUCUACGGCCAGGGUGAAUUAUGCACCACCACCAAUGCAUUCUCUAAUGGGAAGCUUAGCCUGAAUACUAUAAGAUCGUCAGUUUCGCGUUUGCCCGCCAUUCUCCGCAAGAAGCCACUUCCAUUGCCUUCACCUGGGCCACGUCUACCGCCCAGCAUACUCGUCGAUGAAGAGAUCGCGCCAGUAUACAAUGCCAAGCACUUCUACCCAGCAAGGCCUGGAGAGGUCCUUGCCAAUCGCUACCAAGCCUUGGUAAAGGUGGGCUGGGGCGUAUCUUCAACAAUAUGGCUGGCGCGUGAUUUGGAAGAACAUAUCGAUGAGCCAGAGAGCAUAGUGACACUGAAGAUAGCAAAUAAUAAUGCAAGCCUCGCUGCUAAUGAGCGUGAGGUUGAGGACCACAUCUCCACGGCAGAUCCAUCACAUCGGGGUCGUUUGCUUAUGCGGACCUUAUUAGACUCUUUUGAAGUUGAGGGCGCAGAAGGUACUCAUUCGUGUCUUGUGUAUCCACCGAUGAGGGAGUCAUUAUCGAUGUACCAGCAGCGCUUUGAUCACAAAAAGUUGCCACUGCCUCUUGUCAAGACAUAUAUUCGUGCGCUUCUUACGGGUCUUGAUUAUCUUCAUAAGAGUUGCAGGACCGUUCAUACAGACCUAAAGCUUGACAACAUCAUGCUCUCAUUCGAGGAUCCAACAGUGCUUGCCGAGUUUAUGGAAACGCAAGUUGAGAAGCCAAUGGCUUUCAAGAUAGAUUCGACAGGACGGCCAGUAUAUCAGUCCCGUAACGACUUCGGGCCACUCAAAAGCCUGAGGAGUAUUCCGCAGCUGGUUGACUUUGGCCUCGCAACUAAACUUGAGGAAGACGACGACUGGGGCGUCUGGCCUAUUCAGCCAGACCACUAUCGGGCACCAGAGGUGAUAUUGGGUAUCGGAUGGCAAAUGCCUGCAGAUAUCUGGAACCUUGGUGUUCUACUAUGGGAUUUGACUGAAGGCAAAGAGCUAUUCCAGCAUAUCCAUAAUAAACAAGGUCGCUACGUUGCUAAACUACACAUGGCUGAGAUGGUGGCCUUACUCGGUCCACCCCCUCCAGAGAUCAUGCAACGGUAUCAAUACAUGCGAGAAUACCCGUGGCCGGAACCUGUUAGACGAGAAGACGACAGACUAUGUGAGACCGCGGAGGAGUACUUCGAUGGGCCAUUUUUUGACACUAACGGUCGCUUUCUUCACGAGGACUUGAUUCCCAACCGAACAUUAGGCGACGCAGUUUCCUUUCUCGAGGUAGAGGAGAGAGAAAAUUUCUUGGACCUCGUCAGUAAAAUGCUUAUUUGGCACCCAAAUAAGAGGGAAACGGCAGGCGAACUGGCGGAACAUCCUUUCCUUCAACCCAAGCAAUCGCAUACUUAAUUUCUGUGAGUGCUUGUUGGUGGACAGUGGCAAG